ACGCGUUUUUUGAAAUUUUUGCUUUUCCAACUUGACAGGCUCAUUGGUGCACAUAUAGUAGCCACACAAAUGCACAAUUUAGUGCCUCCUUCGUCUAAGUCAAGCCAUCUAGCGUCGUAUUCACUAUGUUGAAAAUUAGAAGUCAAUGCAUUCACAUUUUCUCUUCCAAACAGGAAAAAAAAUGCACAUAAAUUCUGGUGGGAGUCACCCACAUAAAUUCGUACGCUGGUGGCUUGGUUGGAAACCACAAUGGAUCCAAGACUAUACCACUCAGCAAAAACAGGCAACACUUUACUCCUCAUACAACUUCUCGAUGAGAAUCCUGGCCUAGUUCUAAAUUUGACGCCUCAUGAGAACACCCCACUUCAUAUUGCUGCACGGUUUGGAAACAAAAAUGUUGUUGCCGAGAUUUAUAACCGACAGAAGUCCCUCCUCACUUGGCCAAACUUGGACGGAGACACGCCUCUACAUGUUGCUGCCAGAGCUGGUCACUUUACAACAGUUUUUUUUAUAGUUGAAGAGAUCUUAUCUUCAUCUUUUAGAGACAUCGAAAAUAGGCCAACUAUGGGGAUUGAGAUGUUGAGAUUGUUAAACAAAGCGAAAAACACAGCUUUGCAUGAGGCCGUGAGAAACCGUCAUCUUAGAGUGGUGGAGUUUUUGAUAAAGGUUUAUCCGGAACUGGCAGGUUUGGUCAACAACGUGGGCGAGUCCCCAUUGUAUUUUGCUGCUAGAGAGGGAAUGCUGGAAAUUGUGAACUGGAUACUUACAGCAGCUCCCUCCUCGGCUUGUGGUGGCUCUGAUGGUCAAACAGCUCUACAUGCUGCCGUUGUAGAGGGGCACUUUGAUGUCAUCGAAUCCCUUGUAAGAGCAAAACCACAACUAGUCAAAGAAACCGAUCAUCACGGCAGAACCCCUCUCUACUCUGCAGCGUCCUCAGGAGACCACAGGACAGUUCAAAGAUUGCUUCAACUUGAUACUGCCACAGUAUACACGUCAGACAAAGAGGGCCAAUCACCACUUCACAUCGCAGCCUCCAAAGGCCACAGCAACAUAAUCAAAGUCAUCGUUCACCAUUGUCCCGAUUCAGGGGAAUUGUUGGACUUGAGAGGCCGGAACAUUCUUCACGCUGCUGUCCUGAGUGGAAAACUCAACGUCGUAAGGUAUGUUUUGGAAACAAAAGAGCUAGAGGGACUUAUAGACCAAUCGGAUAACGAGGGAAACACGCCACUGCAUUUGGCAACAAUGGAAAGAAAAACUCUGAUAGUGCGGUACUUAAUGUGGGACAAGAGAGCGGAUCCAAGAGCCAUUAACAAUAUGGGCCGAACAGCCGUUGACCACGGAAACUCAUUUGGGAAGAUAUUCUCAAGCGAGAGUGAGGAACUAGAAGCUGCUAGCAAAAUGCAAACUUACAAGCAAAUGGGCCACACCCUCCUAAUGGUCGCGACGCUAAUUGCAACAGUCACAUUCGCUGCUGCUUUCACUAUGCCCGGAGGAUUCAACAACGACGUGGGACCCAACCAAGGACUGGCUCUUUUGCAAUCAAGUGGAACCCUUGAGUGGUUCAUCAUUUCCGAUUCUAUUGCAAUGAGCACCUCCAUGAUUGCGGCUUGCGUUAUUUUCUGGGGAUCUGUUAUUGCUAAGGAAACCUACCUUUACUACUUUGUUACCGCCACUUUGCUCAUGCAUAUCGCGCUCCAAUCAAGUGUUGUCGCGUUCACGGCAGGAGUUACCGCUGUCAUGGCAAAUCAGCCGUAUAUUAGUACCAUGUGCUACGCAGUAGGGUCGUUUUUCCAUGUCAGUAACUGUCUGUUUGUCUUCUACUUUGCAAGUAUCUUUUCGCAGUGUGAAUUAUAUCAGUUCUUGGUUUAUCGCAUGUGUAAGCUGAAGUCCAAAUUUAUUAAUAGAUGACUUUGUGUUUCGGCU